AUGGCUGAAGAAGAAAUUCCACGCUCCGUAGAUGAUUUAACUCAUGAGGAAGUCAAUGAAAAAUUACAGCACAUGAAUGAAUUAUUUUCAAAAUUUAAAGACAACUCAGAAGUUGAUACUGUUCAUGCUAACCGUUUAUUACAAGUAUUGCAAGUCUUUGGUAAAAAUCCAUCACAAAUUGAAUGUAACAAACGAGUUGAGGCACUCAAAGGAGAUGAAAUAUUCGAAUUAACCUUGGAAGAUUUCAUAAAAAUACUCGAUGAACCAUGGACAUCGAUUAAUAAUGAUCGAAAUAUAAUUCAUAAAGCAUUCGAUAAAUUCGAUCAUGAAAAAGACGGUUAUAUUGAUAUUGAAAAAUUUCGAGAAAUCAUGCGUACACUUGGUGAACCAUUAUCCGAUGAAGAAAUCGAUGAUUUUAUUCAAUUAGGUGUAAAUGAACAGCACAAAAAACUUGAUAUUGAACGUUUACUCAAUGAAUUACUUGGAAAAGAAGAACGAUAA